ACUGCCCAGUGCCCACUGAGUACUGACCAACUUAUGCACUGACUGCUAAGUGCUAAGAGUCGACAGCCUCAGUGCCCCUAUUUAGUAUUUUGUGUCACUGAACACUGAGAUUUGAGACUCUGAAGUACCUGACAUUCGGCAGUCACAUCUGUAUUUGUAUUUGUAUUUUGUGCCAACAGUCCAGUGAUUAUAGGUAUUACAUUAUCAUAAUCACUUCUUGUACACUUGAUGUAAAUCAUAAAUACAAUUUUCAUUUGAAUCUUCAAAAAAACGUUGAUUUUAUAUUUAAAGAAUUAUGAAUCAACGAAUUGUUUUAUCGAGUGUUCUGAGAAAAAUUUAUUAGUGAUUCCACAUUGUAAUAAGUCACAAAACAGACAAAAUGCGAUGGAGGUAUUUAUGUCAUGCAAUAAGGAAGUAUUCAAAAGAUGUCAACAGAUUUCAAGUCAGCAUUGUAGGUGCUGGGCCUGCAGGGUUUUAUUGUGCACAACAAUUACUAAAAAAAAUACCUGGCUGCCAGAUUGAUAUAUAUGAAAGAUUACCAGUUCCAUUUGGUCUUGUACGUUAUGGUGUAGCUCCUGAUCAUCCAGAAGUAAAAAAUGUUAUAAACACAUUUUCUAAAACUGCAUCAGACAAAAAUGUUCGAUUUAUUGGCAAUGUCUCACUUGGCUCUCAUAUUACUCUGGCCCAACUUAAACAUUCCUAUAAUGCCAUAGUAUUAGCUUAUGGUGCUGAUGAAGACAGAAAAUUAAACAUUUCUGGUGAAAAUUUAUCCAAUGUUGUAUCGGCUACAAAAUUUAUAGGAUGGUAUAACGGUUUACCAGUAGAUAAAAAUAUUAAAGUAGAUUUGGACGUUCAACAUGCUGUUAUUAUAGGACAAGGAAAUGUUGCUUUGGAUGUUGCUAGAAUAUUAUUAACACCUGUCGAUAAACUUAGAAACACAGACAUCACAGAAUAUAGUUUAGAAGCUUUGGCWAAAAGUAAAGUGAAAAAAGUUACUCUGGUCGGCCGAAGAGGUCCUUUGCAAGUAGCAUUUACAAUUAAAGAAUUAAGAGAAAUGUUGAAAUUACCUGGAGUAAGCACACAUUUUUUUAAAGAUCAAAUGAAUGAUAUAGAUAAAGUCAUUAGCGAUUUACCAAGACCUCGUAAACGGUUAAUACAACUCAUGCAUGAUGCAUCACAAAAAACAGAAGUUCUAGAUAAAUUGUUUGAUAUAUUGUUCCUGCGAACACCUAUCUCAAUAUUAGGUAGAACAAAGAUAGAAGGAAUUGAACUGGCUGUAAAUCAAUUAGAAGGAGAAAGAGCCGUAGUUACAGAUGAAAAGUAUACACUAAAAUGUGAUUUGGCUUUUCGCAGUAUUGGAUAUCRGAGUGUCCAAGCAGAUCCUGAUGUACCUUUUGAUAAAAUGUCUUCAACAGUACCUCAAAGUAUAGGUGUUUAUAGUGUUGGUUGGUUGUCUUUGGGACCCGUGGGAGUGAUAUUAUCGACUAUGAGUAAUGCUUUUCAAGCAGCUUCUUUAAUCGGUCAACAUUUUGAUGAAGGCUUACUUAGUGAACGAAAGCCAGGGUUUAAUUAUAUUUCAAAAGUAUUAGAAGAUAAAGGCAUAAUUACUGUCGAUUGGAAUGGAUGGACGAAAAUUGACCAARUUGAAGUGGAUAGAGGAAUAAAACGUGGUAAACCUAGAGAAAAAAUUGUUGAUAUUGAUGAAAUGUUACAAAUUGGAGGAAUACAAAAAUAAUAUUUUGGAAUCUUAAUCUAAAUCUAAUAUUAGAAAUGUUUAGAUAAAUGAAUUAU